UUUGCUGCUCGGACGCGUAGCGAGAGGCUGAGAGAGUCGGAGACGCUAUCCGCUUCCAUCCGUCGCGCAGACCCUGCCGGAGCCGCUGCCGCUAUGGAUGAUCGGGAGGAUCUGGUGUACCAGGCGAAGCUGGCCGAGCAGGCUGAGCGAUACGACGAAAUGGUGGAAUCAAUGAAGAAAGUAGCAGGGAUGGAUGUGGAGUUGACAGUUGAAGAAAGAAACCUCCUAUCUGUUGCGUAUAAAAAUGUGAUUGGAGCUAGAAGAGCUUCCUGGAGAAUAAUCAGCAGCAUUGAACAGAAAGAAGAAAACAAGGGAGGAGAAGACAAACUAAAAAUGAUUCGGGAAUAUCGGCAAAUGGUUGAGACUGAACUAAAGUUAAUCUGUUGUGAUAUUCUGGAUGUACUGGACAAACACCUCAUUCCAGCAGCUAACACUGGCGAGUCCAAGGUUUUCUAUUAUAAAAUGAAAGGGGACUACCACAGGUAUCUGGCUGAAUUUGCCACAGGAAAUGACAGGAAGGAGGCUGCAGAGAACAGCCUAGUGGCUUACAAAGCUGCUAGUGAUAUUGCAAUGACAGAACUUCCACCAACACAUCCUAUUCGCUUAGGUCUUGCUCUCAAUUUCUCCGUAUUCUACUAUGAAAUUCUUAAUUCCCCUGACCGUGCCUGCAGGUUGGCAAAAGCAGCUUUUGAUGAUGCAAUUGCAGAACUGGAUACGCUGAGUGAAGAAAGCUAUAAGGACUCUACACUUAUCAUGCAGUUGUUACGUGAUAAUCUGACACUAUGGACUUCAGACAUGCAGGGUGAUGGUGAAGAGCAGAAUAAAGAAGCGCUGCAGGAUGUGGAAGAUGAAAAUCAGUGAGACAUAAAAGCCAACAAGAGAAACCAUCUCUGACCACCCCACUCCUUCCCAUCCCACCCCCUCUUGGAAAUUCCCCCAUUGUCACUGAGAACCACCAAAUCUGACUUUUACAUUUGGUCUCAGAAUUUAGGUUCCUGCCCUGUUGGUUUUUUUUAAAAAAACAGUUUUCAAAAGUUCUUAAAGGCAAGAGUGAAUUUCUGUGGAUUUUACUGGUCCCAGCUUUUAGGUUCUUUAAGACACUAACAGGACUGCAUAGAGGCUUUUUCAGCAUUACUGUAUUGUCUCCUGCCGGAUGUGGCAAGGUCACCAUUAGAAAUGGAAAUUACAUUUGAAAGCCAUUAGACUUCUAGGUGAAGCAAGCAUCUAAGAGAGGUUAAUCACACUAUAGUGGCAUAUGUGGUAUCAUUUUUCCUUUUUCUAAUUGUUUAAAUUGAAUUUUAUACCAAUGUUUAAGAUUAAUUGGGUGUUAGCUUGAGGUGGUUAAAGGUUGUUUGGGGAGUUUGUUGUAAUGGUUUUGCUGUAAAAAGUAUUCAAACUCUGCUGAUGAAAAGCAUGGUGCUGGUAACAGUUCAACAAUCCGUGGCUGCUCAUUCUUGCCUACUUUUACUCUCCCUCUGAAGCAGGUUAGCGUUGAAGGUGGUAUGGAAAAGCCUGCAUGCGUGUUCAAUUCUUUGUUUCUUCUCCUUCCCUCUCCCUGGCCUCCCCCUCCUUCGCUCGCUCAACCUCUUUUGUUCAGUAUGUGUAACUUGAAGCUAAUUUGUACUACUGGAUAUCUGACUGGAGCCACAGAUACAGAAUCUGUAUUGUUCUUACUGAAACACAGCAUGGAAUUAACAUUAAACUUAAAUAAAACAAACCUAAAUUAAAAAUGCCAAA